AUGACGACAGGGUCGAAUUCGUGUCUGCGCCUGGACCCUCUCGGGGCCGUCCACGGACAGCGGCCUGCCGCGAACCGCGCCGUCGAGGCGGCGAGGCUCGCGUGGGAAGAAGAGCUCCGCCGGCGCUGCACGGCGCUGCAGGCCGCGCUGUCCUGCGACCUGGCGGGCGCGGAAACGACCAGCGACGCAGAUGCGCGACGCCCCUCCGGGUCUGACCCGGCCGAAGCUGCGAAGCUGACGGCCUCCGACCGCGUGGCGACGGGGCUCCUGAGCCACGGACGCGGCCCCGGCUGCCGGACGGCCCGGCUCGCACCAUGGGACGUGCUCUACACCUGCCUGGUUGCCAACAGCAACACCACCAAAGCCGCCGUGCGCCCGGCCCCGCCGUCCCCGUGGACCGCGCUCCCGUUCCGCAUCGCGGCGCCGACGCUCCGCGACCUCCGCAUCUGCUGGCGGGCAAUGCUGCCGCAGCGCAUGCGUGGGCCUACGCCGUUGCCGCGCGAGCGUUGGGUCGCGUUCGGCAGCGCGGGCUUCACGCCGGCGCCCUCCUGCAUCGCGGACGUGGACACCGUGCUCGAGCGCGGCCGCGCCGACGAGUCGCGUCAGGUCCUGACUCAGGGCGCGCAUCCCAGCCACCGCGCAGCGCUGUGGGCGCAGGCGCUGGGCCUCCCGCCGCGGCGGGCGCGGGCGGCGGCGUCGCGGAAGAGCGCGGAGAGGGACGCCGACGCGCUGCUGUUCGAGGAGCUGUGCCGCCAGGUGGAAGCGAGACCCCUCCUGGUGGACUAUUGUGUCGAGACCGACCUGCGCGACACGUGCAACUCGUCGGAGUUCUUCGUGUUCAGCGAGGUCGUCCGCUCGACGCUCCUCGCGCUCUCCCGGGACCCCUCCGUCCCGGGGGAGUGCCCCGAAGUCCCCCACCCACUCCUCCUCGCACACCCCUGGCACCCCCCCACCCAACCCGGCGAAACACCCCCUCGGGCCGGCCUCUUCGUCUACCCGCCCUCGGGCGCCAUGCCCUCGCGCGCCCUCGCGCAGAUGGCCGCGCUCGUCGCCUAUCUCACUGUCGACCGCGUCGCCCACUUCCACCUCUUCCGCGCCCUCCAUUGCCGCCUGCUCUGGGCAACGCGGACCAUCUCGGCCAGGCCCUGGCCGGCCCCUGCGCUCCCGGGCCUCUGCGCGCUCUUCGAGGCCUGCCUGCGCGACCUCGACCCUGAACUGACGUGGCACCUUCACAGCAUAAGUGCGCCGCCGCUGAAGCUGGUGUUUCCGUGGCUGCUGUCAGGCUUCGCGGGCGUGCUCGAGGCCGGGCAGGUGCUCGAGCUGUGGGACCGGUGCGUCGCGUGCGAGUCGAUGGCGCCCGCCUCGCUGCUCGCCGCGGGCGUGCUGUGGUUCAAGAGAUCCGUGCUGCUGUCGACGCGGACGCCCCUCGAGGCGCAGCAGGCGCUGCAGGACCUGAAGCACUUGAAGACCGCGCCGAUCCUCCUCGGUGCGCUGUGCGGCGGGGUCUGA